AUGGUAUAUUGUAAGGCCUUGAAAACUCCUGGAUUUAUCAACAGCCUGGCUAGGGAUUUUAAAUUAGAUUCGUCAUUUAAACUACUAUAUUGUACUUUAAGUUCCUUCCGAUUCCUUCCUUCUGCUGGUUUCUUAUUAAGCAUUGAACACCCUCCGCACGAUUAUUCAGCUGUUGCUGCUAAAUUAGUCCCUCCCCAUCAAAACCGUUCUAGUGUUCUUUUUCAUGUCCCUAUAUGUCCGAACAAUUAUAUGAAAAGUGAGCCUAUUAGGCGUUUAAUGUUAAUGGCCAAUGAGGAUCCUUCUAUAGAUCUUUAA